GCAGAUUGCCUCCAUGAGCGGGACGACAUGUGCCAAGAUACUGGGACCGGAUGCUGAUUCGAGACGGUGAGACCCGGUCCUGAGUGAGGAAGCCGCAUUCCAUUGUUCUCCUGAAAUGGGGGCACACCAACCGCAAAGGCUAUUCCAUGUUCGUCUAUGGUCGACGAGGCACCGGUGCGAGGAAGCAGAGAGAUGGCCUCGACGUCACGGAUCGUCGUCCUACCUCCUCGCCUGGUUAGGAACAAUGAAAGAGCUGAGUACAGUAGCUUGCAUUCCUGGCGAGCGUGAGUCUGACUUGUCCCUGCCGCGCUGGUGCACGCGAUCGAUGCUAAGAAAAUCGAUGGUCGACAGCCUCGUUUCCGAGUACAUUCAGCCUCCAGCGAUGGAGCGGAGAGUACGUCCCCUCGAACCGUACAUGCACGCUUGUCGAACUGAUGGGCUGCCGAGUUUAGCUUGUCGCUGGUGCUUGAGCCAUGCGCUUGUCUCGAGGAAGAGUUUCUUGCGCGCGCGGACGACGUGGGCGUACGGCGCUUGAAGCCUGCGUGCCGAGGGCUUUUAUCUCGUGCUUCUCCCCUACGCGUGCUGGUGGGGUAUGCCGGAGAACAAUAGACCUGGCCGGCCGGCGGGAUCACUCGCGAUCGGCCGGGGAUCAAGGUGUGAUAUAGACUGUGGGCGUGCGGAGAGGGAAAGACAAUAAGAACAAGAGAGACAUGAUCGACAUUCCCUCUCGUUCGAGCC